AUGGGGCUGCCCACGCUGGAGUUCAGCGACUCCUACUUGGACAGCCCGGAUUUCAGGGAGCGCCUGAAGUGUCACGAGAUCGAGCUGGAGAGGACGAACAAGUUCAUCAAGGAGCUGAUUAAGGACGGCAGCCUCCUCAUCGGGGCCCUGCGAAAUUUAUCCAUGGCAGUGCAAAAAUUUUCACAGUCUUUACAAGAUUUCCAGUUUGAGUGUAUUGGAGAUGCUGAAACUGAUGAUGAAAUUAAUAUUGCCCAGUCACUGAAAGAGUUUGCUCGGCUCCUGAUUGCUGUUGAAGAGGAGAGGAGACGACUGAUCCAGAAUGCUAAUGAUGUGCUAAUAGCACCGCUGGAGAAGUUUCGUAAAGAGCAAAUAGGAGCAGCAAAAGAUGGGAAGAAGAAGUUUGACAAGGAAAGCGAGAAAUAUUAUUCCAUCCUAGAGAAGCACUUAAAUUUAUCAGCAAAGAAGAAAGAAUCUCAUUUGCAAGAUGCAGAUACACAGAUUGACAGAGAACAUCAAAACUUCUAUGAAGCAUCAUUAGAAUAUGUUUUUAAAAUUCAAGAAGUACAAGAGAAAAAGAAAUUUGAAUUUGUAGAACCUCUCUUGGCAUUUCUUCAAGGAUUAUUUACAUUUUACCAUGAAGGAUAUGAACUGGCUCAGGAGUUUGCACCAUACAAGCAGCAACUGCAGUUCAAUUUGCAGAAUACCCGGAAUAACUUUGAAAGCACUAGGCAGGAAGUGGAGAGACUCAUGCAAAGAAUGAAAUCAGCCAACCAGGAUUACAGACCACCAAGUCAAUGGACAAUGGAAGGCUAUCUCUAUGUGCAGGAGAAACGACCUCUUGGAUUUACAUGGAUAAAACAUUACUGCACUUACGAUAAAGGAACAAAAACAUUUACAAUGAGUAUAGCUGAAACAAAAUCUGGUGGAAAAGUGAAUGGCCUUGUCACAAGCUCACCGGAAAUGUUCAAGCUAAAAUCUUGCAUCAGGAGAAAGACAGAUUCAAUUGACAAACGUUUCUGUUUCGAUAUUGAAGUAUUUGAGAGACCUGGAAUUAUUACACUGCAAGCUUUUUCAGAAUCCAACCGAAAACUUUGGCUCGAAGCUAUGGACGGAAAGGAACCAAUCUACACACUGCCAGCCAUUAUUAGCAAGAAAGAAGAAAUGUUCUUAAAUGAAGCAGGUUUCAACUUUGUCAGGAAAUGUAUUCAUGCUGUAGAAACAAGAGGUAUUACAAUCCUGGGGCUGUACAGAAUAGGUGGUGUAAACUCCAAGGUCCAAAAGCUGAUGAAUACCAUAUUUUCCCCUAAAUCUCCUCCUGAUAUGGAUAUUGAUAUGGAACUUUGGGACAAUAAAACAAUAACAAGUGGACUAAAAAACUACCUCAGGUGUCUUUCAGAACCACUGAUGACUUUCAAGCUGCACAAAGAUUUCAUUGUUGCUGUUAAGUCAGAUGAUCAGAACUACAGAGUUGAGGCAGUGCAUGCGCUUGUGCAUAAGUUACCAGAGAAGAACAGAGAGAUGCUGGACAUCCUUAUCAAGCACUUGGUCAAGGUAUCAUUACACAGUCAGCAAAAUCUAAUGACUGUAUCCAACCUUGGUGUUAUCUUUGGACCAACUCUGAUGAGAGCCCAAGAAGAAACCGUGGCUGCUAUGAUGAACAUUAAGUUUCAGAAUAUCGUCGUUGAAAUUCUGAUAGAGCAUUAUGAAAAGAUAUUUCACACUGCACCAGACCCCAAUAUUCCUCUUCCCCAACCUCAGUCCCGAUCAGGUUCAAGAAGGACAAGAGCAAUUUGUCUCUCCACAGGUUCACGUAAACCCAAAGGAAGAUACACACCAUGUCUAGCAGAUCCUGACAGUGACUCGUACAGCAGUAGCCCAGACAGCACUCCCAUGGGCAGCAUUGAAUCUCUCUCUUCUCACUCCUCUGAGCAGAACAGCACCACCAAAUGCGCGCCCUCACAGCCCAGGGAGAAAUCGGGAGGGAUUCCAUGGAUUGCCUCUCCCGCUUCUUCUAAUGGCCAGAAGAGUUCAGGCCUCUGGACUACAAGUCCAGAAUCCUCAUCAAAGGAGGAUGCAACCAAAACAGAUGUGGAGUCAGACUGCCAAAGUGUAGCUUCUGUCACUGGACCAGAGAAUGCCUCUCCACCAACAGACCUGACCAAAAAGAGUUCUUACAGUCUGUCUGGGCUGAAAAGGUCUUCAGCAUCUUCCCUUAGAUCAAUUCCAUCAGCUGAAGGUAACAAAAGCUGCAGUGGAUCUAUACAGAGCUUAUCUUCAACAGAUACCAAAGAUACACCAAAGGUUCCACCAAACCCUGAUUUGCCUCCCAAAAUGUGCAGGAGAUUAAGAUUAGAUACUGCAUCAAGUAAUGGCUAUCAAAGACCAGGAUCUGUAGUGGCUGCAAGAGCCCAGUUGUUUGAAAGUGCUGGUUCGCUUAAACAAGUUUCUUCAGGACGACAAGCAAAGGCCAUGUAUUCCUGUAAGGCUGAGCAUAGUCAUGAGCUGUCUUUCCCACAGGGGGCAAUAUUUUCCAAUGUGUAUCCAUCAGUGGAACCAGGCUGGUUAAAAGCAACUUAUGAAGGCAAAACAGGACUUGUUCCUGAGAAUUAUGUUGUCUUCCUCUAGUAAUCUUUAGUGGACAGCAAUAUCUUCAUGGUAUCCAUGGUAACAAAUAAUAAGCACUAUGAUUUUUAUCUGACACAGAUAUGGGAUCAGCCCGUUAGCUGAGUGGUAGAUUUCUUUCAGAUACUGCAGCUGCAGGUUACACAGCUCCCUGUCAACAGAACAGAAUGUAAUGAAACAGUUAACAGUUUCUGUACUGAAGACGGUACUCUGUUUAAAUAGCUUCCAUUGUUCGCAAAAGGUUGUU